GCGUGGUUCAUUGGGUCGCGCUCCGGGGCGGGGAAAGGUGGGAGCCGGGGCCUGUGUCUCGUGACUGCUUAUGCAGCUGCCCGGCCUCCCUGCUGCCUGGCUCAGCACAGCGGGUGCCUGGUGCAUCUAUCAAGGUUGCUAAACGGGCGCUCAGAAAACAUGAGUCAGUCCUGCCCCUCCCCCCCCCCCAGGCUUGCCACAUGGCUGUAAAAAUCAGGAGCCUCGUGACGCUUUGUGAGAGGGAGUGUGACAUGUUCCCUGGGGCUGGAGUACUCCGAGGGCACGUUUUAAGUCUCGAUCUCUGUAGAGCAACUAGAAGCAGGUUUUCUUAAAAGCCGCGUUUCUUCCAGAGAUCAAUCUGAUAGACAUUUAUCCACAGAAAACACUUGCAAGAUACUUGCCUACCACCAUUUAAAACAGGGUUUCCCUGAGGACUGAUUGCAAUGAGGAGGCAGUGGAGAGGACUGACCGUGUGAAAGAGGCAGAAAGUAACCAGAAAGUCAAGAGAAAAUGAGAGCAGAAAUGAAUGAAGAGAUAGUAUUACCACCAUUGCAACUCCCUGGAUGGUAAGAUAAUGUGAUUUAUCUGAUUAUGCAUUGUAUAAACAGCUAGUCCUUGAAGAAUUAGUUAUUGAUUUUAGCCUCUGUCUUCCAACUCCCUCUUUAAUAAAACUAGGGGGCUGUGCCCUCUGCUUGCUAUGCUCGCCUACCCCCCUCUCUCUGGCUGCUUUUGCUUCACUGAGGGAGCCUGUUGAUGCUGAUGACACUACGAUUUCAUCCUGUUGCCUGGCAGGAACAUUCUGUCAUCCAGCAGGAAAACUUUUUUAUAUAUAGAGAGAGAUAAGUCCUAUCUCUAGCCUGCUAUUUUUUCACUUGCCAAAUAACUCUCUGGCUUCAUUUCUCUUCUUCAGGUACUGCUUGUUGGACAUACUGGGGUCAGGAUAGUGUCUACAUGCUUUUGUGCUGCACUCAGCAUAGUAGCUCCUUAAUUGAUUAGGACUUCGACAUCAUAUGUAAUAUAAAAAAAGUUAAAUAAUAACGCUCCAAACAUUAGUAUUUGCAUGUUGCAUCAUCAUCAUUUAUGAAUAAUUUCUUAUGCUCUUGCACAAAAAGCACUGGACAAAACCAAAUUGAGUUGCUGUGUUGUAUUGUCUAAGCUUUUCUUUGCUUCAUCAAGUUUCCCAAAUAGUAAGACUUACCUGUUCUGCUUGAUAGAUGACUUGUACCAGGGGAGAAAAUUCUGGGAGAACCUGGGGACCUUUGGCAUUGCACUGGUUAAAUGGCAAUUGUUCAGUCUGUUUCUUCUUUGUAUCACAAUGAGGGAUAUAUAUCCAUUCUCCUUAUCACAGUGAGGCAGCUGGAUCAUCUGUACCAUAAAUCAGGAGAAAGAACAAUGGAGUAUAACUAGCAAUAGGGGAGAACUGGGAUUGGGUAGAGACUGAGGAUGGGAGCAGAUCAUCCUUGAUUAAAGCAAGGUUUGAAGCAGGUGUGAGAAAGACAUGAAGAACAUGAAGUCCUUGGUACAGCGGAAACAGAAAGGAAGGAGCCAGGCAGGUGGGGCUGAGACGGGGGGCAUGAAUCUCUCUCAGAGAAGUAAGAAACCAACCCUUGCUGAGUGGAGUAAAUGGGAGUUGCUGGCUGUGAUUGUCCCUGUACUCCUCCUGCUUUACAUCUUGCUGUGUUAUGAGAACUUCCAUUUCCACGUGGCUCAUAUGUAUGCUCAUCUGGGAUACCCCAAUGCCCAGCACAUUGUGGGGCAGAGAUAUCUGCAAGGAGCUGGUGUUGAAAAGAAUGAGGAGAUGGCCAUGCAUUGGUUCAGGGAAGCUGCAGAGCAGGGUCAUCCUCACUCCUCCUUUAAUCUGGCUGUGGGAAAGCUGAAGAACAUGACCAUGUCACUUGAAAAAGGGGAAGUGGAAAAUCUCCUCAGUGUGGCUGCAGGUCAAGGGCUCCAAGAGGCUCAGGAACUUUUAGAGCUCAUCAUCAGGAACAGAAAUCUUCCUUGAUGGACUUCCAAACAGAUGGAAACACUCACGCCUUUCUAGCCUUUUUACUUGGGUAUUGCAGGAUAGCUUUUCUUCUUUGAUCCAUGUCUUGUUGUGCAGCUUUGGAAACCUUAGAUGGCACACUGCCUUUGUCUUGCAUUGGAUGACUGUGAAUGGCAUUUUGUAUUGCAUGAGGCAGGAAAAGAGACCACUAUAUCUGGUCCUCUUCCUUUACCAAUAUAGGACUUUGUCUAGAAUCCAACGUGAUCAUCACUCAUCACAGGUUUGCUCAGUCAAGCUAUUACUCAAUUUUAUAUCAGUACAAAGAUGGGAGAUGGGGAAAGAUAGUGGAAGAGACCAUCACCAUAUAAAUAGCUUUUCUUUUUUUUUGUAGCCCACUACUUUUAUACAGUGCUGGGGGCUGGAUAGGGAGAAAGGUCUAGAGGAGAAAAUCAACAAUGGACAUACAAAUGCCAAUAUUAGUCUACUGCAUUGUAAUGAGAAAGCAUACUAUCUGUGUUGACUGAAAAAUCACUUUUAAGUAGUGACUACAGGAAGCAGCAUGUUGAUCUACUGAUAUUAUAUCUAUCUAUUGGUUUAGGGUUUGAAACAGUUGGUUAUUAGAUGUGUUUUGUUGUGUAUUUUUAUGUAUUGUAAAUUGGUAAUAGCUUAAGCUAAAUAGUAAUAAGCAAAUAUGCAUAUUUUGCCAUGAAGUGUAUAAUGAAAUAAUAAUGGUUUAAUAAAAAUAGUAUAGCAACUUCAUUCGGUAGCCAUUAUUGCUUUUAUCUCUUUGCCAGGCAACUGGCAGGGGAAAGUAAUUAAAAUUAACAGAAGCAGACUUCACUUUCAAGGUGUCUUCAGUUUAAUGCAACAAGAGGGGUAAUUGCUUGUAAUAGAAAGAACAUGCAGUUUCUAAAGAACGAUAGAGGAGAGGGUAUUGUGCUAUCAAACUCCCCGCCCCACCCCCCAUCGGAUAUGCCAGUCUGUGCUGUGGUUUUUUUUUUUUUUGACCAUCACUGUUCAGGUUGUUGCACAAUAAGAAGUGCCUGCUUUUUUAAGCGUAUGGUGACUAUAGUCAAGCCUGAGGGCUAAGGAAAGAGAAGUGAAAGAAAACAAGAAAACAAGAGUAGAUUCAGUCUCUGACAGCUGCUUUUCUACAGUGACCUUGUAAUGAAAGAUGGAAAGGAUUCUAGCCAAUGAGCUCAAUCCUUCAUGUUCCUUGGUUUAGUCCUGAGCCGAAGGAAGAUGUUUUGCCUUUAAGAAUAAGGAAGUUGAAGGCAUGAGUACUGCAGCAUCCAUGUUUCUAUAUAUAAAACUACCCUUGUCAUGUUUAUGACCAAAAUCAGCCUCCCCCCCCCCCAAAAAAAAACCCACUCACUUGGCAGUGCCAACUUCUGCAAACACAUAGUCCCAGUGGGGAGCAGAGCAAUUGUAAAACGGCCUCACUACCGAGUAAGGUCAGAUCUGUCCUGAUUAUAAUGGUUUUCUUAGGUUAAAUAUCCCCUGCAGUGUUACAACUGAUGGUUAAUGUAAGCAAUUCUUUUUCCUCUUCCCCCACUACAUCUGGGAUCAGAUUUUUCUCUACUUUGCACUGUGUAGUCAUGUACAUUUGUACAUGAGGGGGUGAGAAAUGCAGCCAGAUCAAAGAGAGGGAUCAGAUACUCCUGCCCACUGAAAUAGUCAGAGGCACCCAGGAGAAAAUCCCCUUUUUGCAAGAAAGGGAAUUCUCUACUAGUCUGAAGGCGAAGGAAGUAGCAUCCCUGCCUCCUAUGCCUUUUCCUGCUAUAAGAGACGAAGGGGGCAAGAUAUGGAGGUGGCAAGAACGAUUGUUUGUCAGCUAUGCAGCCUUAACUUGUGGUAGGUGGCACAUUGGAGCAUUUGAUUGAGGGUGGGUAGGCAGGGAAACACUUAUUUGAAAUGCAUCAUUUUAGUUUGAUUUAGAAUUAUCUAUUUCCCUGCCCCAUUUCCCUCUCGUAUCUUUCUCCCAACAUUCUUUUUUUAUUAAGUCUAGAAAACAAAGGACAUUACAGUCUCUGUCACUACCUGCAGCACGUCAGAGACCCUGAGGCUCUUUUUUCUUCCCCUUCACAUCAACUUAAAAAGGAAAAGAAACGGUGGAAGCAAAAUAAUGUUCUUAUUUCCAUUGCAUAUAACAACUACCAACCAUAGGCUUGAGCCUUCGAAGAUGAGGGAAAUCUUAUUGAUGUUAGUGGGUUUCGUGUCGUGCCCCAGGUCAACUGAUAGUACACCAUCAGCCUGCAACUGCUUUAACUCCAGCACUGCAGUCCUUUCCCUUUUAUUUGAAAACUAGAUCUGUGCUAUAUACAAACAGCAUGUUGUCAAACAGUGACCUACCAAUAAAGUACAAUAAACACCAUCUUUUCCAGUCCUGCAGUGUUCCCUAGGAGACUGUUCUUUUUCUCUAGCUGUGAGCGUAAAAAGCAGAACCCCAGCAAGUGAUAUGAAAAGACAGGAAUGGUUCAGGGUCAGGAAUUGUAUUUAUCCUCUAUGCUACCCUGAUUUAUAGAUGUCAGAGCAAAAGUAAAACUGCCUCAAUUUUGGUGAGGUCAGAUCUGUCCUGAUUUUAAUGGUUUUCUUAGGUUAAAUGUCUCUUGCAGUGUUACAAUGGAUGCUUAAUGGAAAAAUCUAUCAUAGCUGCGACACUCCUCUGAGGUCCCCUCUCAUGCUGUGAGACUUCCUUGUGCUAUAAUAGCUAAUAUGAAGCUGCAAAAAAAGAGUAAAAAUGUCAUUUCAGCUAAGACUGUAAGAUAAGGUAGUGAAGCUACAUAAAAAGCUGCUUCUUGCAUUGAGUGUGUCUAUGUGGAGGUGAAAUAUCUCAUUUGCCCCAUAUUUGUUUACAAAGUGAUAGAAUGGUCUUGGGACCAGACAGCGGAUGAAGCAGUUUUUUAUUAACUGUUAUUUUCAAAUUGUUGGUUGUAAAUGUUCAGUUGGAGAAGUGUUCUUUCAGCAGCACUUUCAGAAGCAAAAAAUCAGUAACAAAUGAGAUUAUUCUUAAAGGUGAAUCUGUCCCAGAGGCUAAGUCUCAGGGGACUCUUUUGUAAUGGCAGUGCCUGGUUAACUGGCUCCCAACUGUGACUUUCUGGGGUUGGAGCAGUGAGGGGGUUGAAAAAGAUGAAAGGGAAAAGAGAAAACUGGACAGUUCAUGCAUGGAGAGUAGCCACACUGAAAGGCAAAGCAGAAUAAUGAUGAGAGGGCACAACAGAAUGGAAGAAAAACGGCUUCCACGUCCUAAAAGCAGCCCCUCCUUCAGAUCUCAUCCAUCCAGUUUGUAAGGGUUAAUCAAGGCAGAUGUUUAUCCAGGGUUCACAGUCUUGCAGCGUAGGAAAUUCUCUGGAAAGCUAAAACUGCAUUGGCCCAGAGGGGGUGGCAAAGGUUAUUUCAAGUGUAUAAGGACAUGACACGCUUUCAUGUCCCCUCCGCUGCUUCAGAGGGGGAAUUCCUUUACAUGAUAUAAUAACCCAUAAUAUUGUAUAACUUGUGAUGAAUUCAUCCUUCUUCCGUGAAGAAUACUGUCUCUACCUGAAUUCUCUUUGGAAAGGAGACUAAUACUUGUAAUUACAAUAUGCAUUUGAAGUGCAUUCCUACAGUGAAGCCUAUAGCCAGGCACUUGUAGAGCCAGAAAUUCCAUUCAAGUAUGUCCCUGUAUUCCUGAGAACAGCAUUCAACACAAAUGCAUAUUCCAGCCACAAUACCCAGUUAACGCAGAAAGAAUCAUUUGAAUCAAUGGUCCAAGCAGGAAAUAUGAACUCCAUUUUAUCAAACCUUAAUUUGGAAUAGCCUUUUUCCUUUCUUGGCAUGAAAUAUAUGAGUCAAACCACUCCCUAACUGUGAUAGAAAUGUAGCUGUGUUAGUCUGGGGUAGCUGAAGCAAA